AUGGACGAAAAUGAUAAUAUUGAAAAGUCUCAUGAUUUAUAUUUUCAUGGGUUUUUGGAUUUUUUCAAGAAAUAUAAAUUCAAUUCUAUUAAACGCCAACAUGAUCAUCAUGCCCAUCGUCACAAGAAUCAUAAAUUAUCCAAUUUUAAGGUUAAGCCUUCUCUUACUACAUUUCCAGAUGAGAAUUUUAAGGCCAACAAAGAGACGAAGCAAAAUCCCAAUGAUUUGCACGACAUGAACAACGUCAACCGAAAUGUUAAAGGAGUGGAAGAGCUUAAAAAUAUGAGUCAAAAGCAUAGACAUAACAACUAUCAUAAUCACAACCAUGGUUGUUUCAAAUCUUUUAUUUUACUUAGUCUUUCCAAGAAGAAAAAGUUGCCAUCAAGGGUUUCAUCCUUUGAACCUCCAAAAACCCAAAAUGAUGUGGUUGAGAGGGACUUACCCAAGGCAAAAAGUCUUGACCCUUUUUCUUCACUAGGGAGAUCAAGGAGUAUAAAUGAAAGAAAAAAUGAGCAAAGUGGGACCCAUUCUAUUAGGACAGCUUCAAUGAAUAGGACUGCAUCCACAGGUAGGUCAAGAAGAAGCAGCAUGAACAGAUCCACAACAAGCAUUGGUCGAUCAACAAGUGACGUGGCAGGUGGAGUACAAAAAAAGAGCCACAUAAGCAAGAGUGGUCCCCUAAUCAUGUUUUCCAACUCAAGUGGUUUAUUGAGGCCUCCUCCUAUUGAACAGAAGCUUGAGUGUAGUCUUGAAGACUUGUUUCAUGGUUGUGUCAAACAUAUUAAGGUUUCAAGGAAUCUUUAUACCCUCACCGGGCUAAAAGGGCAUGAAGAAGAGGAAUUAAGAGUGAAAGUGGAGGCAGGAUGGAAGAGUGGAACAAAAAUAAGCGUCAAAGGUACUACUAAUGAAGAAACACCAGGAGAAUGUAAAGGAGACAUCAUCUUGAUAAUCACUGAAAAACACCAUCCAUUAUUCAAAAGGAUUGAUGAUGAUCUUGAGUUGGAAAUAGAGAUUCCUUUAGUUGAUUCUCUAACAGGUUGCAAUAUAAAUAUUCCAUUGUUAGAGAAAGAACAAUUAUGUCUAGAAAUUAAGGACAUAAUUUACCCUGGUUAUGAGAAAAUUAUUGUUGGUAAAGGAAUGCCUAACCUAAAUAACCCUAAUAAAAGAGGUGACUUGAAAGUUAAGUUUCUUGUAGGGUACCCUAAGACUUUAAGUGAUGAACAAAGAUGUGAGAUAUCUAGGAUUCUGAGUGAGUGUGAUGACUAG